UGUGUUCUGGGCGUGUAUUACUGAUUUGUAUAUUUCACUAAUGUAAUCACUUCUAUCGAAAUUCGUUAAAAAGUUGACUAGAACGGACUAUUUAUACAAUUUAUUGUCCAAGCGAUUUUUUGCUUAUAUCGAGCUGUAAUCGACAGGUUAGAGAUCAUGAUUAAUUGCAAGGUUUUUCUAAACAAGAACAAUCAUAGUAGUAUUUAUACAUUAUAAUUACUUACGGUAGAAUAUACAUUAAGUCAUUAGUUAUUUACCGACAGAACAUCUUAGAUAACAGCACCAGCAAAAAUAUUCGCAUAAAAAUAAAGAUUACCUAUUCAUUUACAUUAUUCUAUAGAUAUUGUAAAAGGCAGUAAAAAUGUUUCUUUUUUUGUAUAUUCUUUUUUGCCUGUACGAUACCGGUGAGAGUUGCAGUAAGUCUGUUACUAGAGUUGGAGGAAGUUGCAGCAGUUGUACAAUUUGCUCUGGGGAUGUUGUUUUCGAAGAUAAUUUCGAUACUUUUCAAUUAUCUAAAUGGGAACAUGAAGUUACAUUAUCGGGGGGAGGGAAUUGGGAGUUUCAAUGGUACACGAAUAACAGAACAAACAGUUUUACAAAAGAUGGAAUUUUGUACAUUUACCCAACGUUAACUGCUGAUCAUUUAGGAGAAAAAGCACUAUAUUCAAAAACGUUAAGCUUGUGGGGAGGUUCGCCUUCGAGCAGUUGUACAGAUCCUUCCUAUUAUGGUUGUGAAAGAGCUGGUACAUCCGGACAUAUUCUCAACCCUAUAAAAAGUGCUCGAAUACGUACAUUAAACUCGUUUUAUUUUACAUAUGGAAGGGUGGAAGUCAGAGCAAAAAUUCCAAUUGGAGAUUGGUUAUGGCCUGCAAUUUGGUUACUACCCCGAUAUAACGUUUACGGUGAUUGGCCUGCAUCAGGAGAAAUAGACAUUUUGGAAAUACGAGGAAACGAGAAAUUAAUUCAAAAUGGCAUAAACAUAGGAAUCGAGCAAACUGCAUCUACCCUCCAUUGGGGCCCUUCUCCAAUAAUGGAUAAGCAACACUUAACGCAUUGGACUAAAAACAACGAGAAAGGAUAUGCAUCGGACUUCCACGUAUACUGUAUGAACUGGACUCCUGAAGGAAUGGAAUUUUCCGUUGAUGGGGAAGAAAUUGGAAGUAUUAAACCGAAAGAGGGUUUUUGGAAGUAUGGCAAUUUAACAGAGAGCGGAUAUAGUAAUCCUUGGGGGACAUCCCGAAUGGCUCCAUUUGAUCAAGAUUUCUACAUUAUUAUCAAUUUGGCUGUGGGAGGAAUCAACUAUUUUCCUGACGAUGCAGUCAACGAACAUGGAAAGAAACCAUGGAAAAAUAAUUCACCUGCUGCAUUGACAGAUUUUUGGAAAGGUAAAACUAACUGGCUACCAACAUGGAAAGGAAUUGAUUCUUCUUUUCAAAUUGAUUAUAUACGAGUGUAUGCCAUUUAAAUUAAAACUCUUAGUUGAAUAAUCUUGUAUAAAUAACAAAGGAAAAA